GCAAACAAGCAAAUUCACCUGCGGCAGAUAUUGUUGGUACUGAGUUUGCUGGCCGAAACUAAUCCUAAUCUUUGCAAACGGAAACGUCAACAUCUUUUGCCUUCGUUGUAAAGAGAAGAAAAUAAAAUAUCGUAACAAGCUGUUGUCUAAUGGAGUAACUGAACUUGUGUGAUUCAGGACUUCACACAUCUCUGCCAAUGUGCGAAUAAUGGGUGACCUGAGACCACGGUGUGGGUGUUUUUUGUAGUACUAAUGGCAUCAAAUUAAGAUACCUGUUUACAAUGGAGGAGGCCUUGGAGGUACGAACAGAUGGGAAUUCCCUGCUGAAAGCUGUUUACCUGAGCAGACUACGUCUUACUAGGCUUCUGCUGGAAGGAGGUGCUUACAUUAAUGAGAGCAAUGAGAGAGGUGAGACACCUUUGAUGAUUGCCUGCAAGACAAAGCAUGUGGACCAGCAAAGUGUCAGCAAGGUGAAAAUGAUAAAGUACCUCCUAGAAAAUAAUGCUGACCCUAACAUUCAAGACAAGUCUGGUAAGACUGCACUGAUGCAUGCGUGCCUAGAAAGGGCUGGUGUUGCUGUGGUUUCUUUGCUUUUAAAGAGUGGAGCUGAUCCCAGUUUGGAAGACCAUUCACAUUGCUCUGCUCUUGUCUAUGCGGUGAACUCUGAUGACAAAGAAACACUUAGAAUUUUACUAGAUGCCUGCAAAGCAAGAGGAAAGGAAGUCAUCAUCAUCACCAAGGACAAGUCACCAUCAGGAAAACAGACAACCAAGCAGUACUUGAAUGUACCCCCACUUUCAGACAUGGAGGACAGGCACUCUCUUCUACCCUGCAUGUCCCCUUCUGAGAUUGAGUUGAAAACUACUUCUUCCUCAAUAGCUUCUGCUAACCAAGAGAAUUGCAUGUUCAGUUUCAAAGAACAGGGACCCCACUGCAGUGGAAAAGGUUCUUCUCAACCUGGUUCUCCUACCAGAAAGCCAAAACUUUCUCAAGGCGUGGCAAGAAUCCUCCAUCUUCAACGCCUUCACUCUGAGCCUUGGCUGAAAGUCCCUCAGUCGCUCCUGCAAGCAAAUAAAGCUGCACCCUUAAGUGAAGACCCCCAAGACAAUGGCUCUGAGGAUGAGCUCUCUCAUGAUAUAGGUGGCUUAUCAUUACAAAAGCAACAGGUCACUCGGCACCAGAGCAUUGAUGUGAAGGACACUUGUAACUUGUUGAAAACUUUAGACCAAAACCCAGGCAGUGGAACAUUCAGAAAAAUGUCAUAUGAUGAAAUUUACUCACAUUUGUCACAUACUGACAUUAACCAAAAUAGUGGUACCAUCCCAGUUGAUCAAGACUCCAAUUCUGUUCACAUUCUGGGAAUGACAAGUUUAAGAAAUAUUGUACAUCGGCAGAACGUUGGGGUAGAUCAUUACAGUUCCGACUCCCAGCUACCCCUUUAUACUGCAAAUGAUGAUAUUAAAGGGCAUUUAGAGAAAAAAAAAAUGCUUUCCACAUAUUCUUCUCUCCUUUCUGCUUCCAGAGAGUCUUUGGAGAGCACAUCAGUCACAUCAGUAGGCAGGAGGCCUCAUGGGCUGAUGGAACGCAGGGGUUCGGGGGCUUUAAUUUUGGAUCCCAUUUCUCACACUCGACCAGGCUACUUACCACCUCUGAAACCCCACCCACCUAUUCCAGACAUUGGUAUUAACAACACCAAGCACAGCAGCAUCAACAACUGCUCCUCUAAGCAUUUAGUUCCAUCUGCUCCCAGCUUCCCAAAAGAUCUCAAAGUAAAGAAAAUCCUAAUGCGUAGACACUCGAUGCAGACAGAACAGAUCAAGCAGCUUGUUAAUUUUGAGGAAAUAUUUGGCCAUUAGUGUGGGAAGACCUUAUCCUCAAAAAAAAAAAACUUGAGUAAUUUGCUACUUUGCAGUCUACAAUGGUUACUCCAACAUACAGUUGCAAAUUCUGAAUAAAAUAAAGCUGCUUAAACCAUGAGGUAGUCACUAAAAUUUCCAUAUCAUCUUCAAUGUACUGUCAGUAAAUAAAUCACUUUUUGUUAUUUUCAGAUUAAAUCCUUCGACUUUAGAAAAUUACUUUUAUAGAGUGGAAAACAUUUUUGAUUGAAAGGAAUAAUAAAAUAAGUUAAAGUGAAAUGCUUGCAAUGGGCAUCAGUGACACAUUACAACCAGAUAAAACUUGUCGUCACCAUUGGGUCUGCACUAUAUUGCUGCCGGCCUUUUCCACCACAGUGCUUGAUCCCAUCAUAAAGUUGUACCAGACUGAAGGCACAUUAUGUCAAGAUAUGACUGACCUGCAGAUUUUAUCUUACCUGGACUCUAAUCAUGUGAGGAUGAAAAACACUGCUGCAUUUACACAUACAAGUUGGAUUCUACCAGGUCUUCAAACUUCACCAACUUGACACUUGGGAGCUUCAGAACUGAAUAGCUUUUUUGUCUUGUGGAAAAUUUCUCUGUCCGAUCUCAUCUACCUGCACCUUUACCACCUAAGAAGCUAAUUCCACUGCCUCAGAUGUCUUCAGAAUGUUAACUUUUAAUUCAGUUUCUAACUUGUUUAGCAAUUAUAUUUACUUAUAGCUAGUAACAAGAAACGUUUGAUUGUAAAUAAAAUUGCAGUUGUGACAUACAUUAGUGCUGCAAUACUAAGUACUUUUAAGUGAAAGUUUAACUUUAUAAAGUACUGUAGAUCAAAGAUAUACUGGUUUUAUCAUUUUGGCUAGAUCUGCUUCUACAUUUCUGUCACUGAGGGCCAUAUGAAUAGAGCUAUAAAGUAUGCUUAAAUAUUAUUGCAGUCUUAGCUCUCAAGAAUAAAGUACAAUAAAAAUGGAAGCUGCACCAUCCAACAAUGUGGUUGUCACUGAAGAUACAUUAUAUGGCAUUACUGCUACAGUUUUGUUAGUUAAUUUUUUCCAAAGAAAGCUAUCCAUUACCAUCAGUGUGUUAUUGAGUGUUGUGCUGAAGUUGUUUGUGCUUGAACAGUGUUGAAAAUAAAUAAAUGACAAAAUAUCUGAAGAUAAACAACUUCUGCUUUAAUGUGAUCUACGUCAUCUGAUUGACUAACUCAACAACUUACAGUGUUUAGGUAACAUUGUGACACACCAAACAGAGGCUACUUGUCAUGACAAUGUUUAACAUUUGACUUUGUUUUUGUUUUUUUUAAACUUCUCUCUUAAAGACACUUGAAUAAGGUGACUCCAAAUUGGACCAAAAUAUACAUGUGUGAUGGACUGGCCUCUAUUCGAUAUUUGAUUCCUUCCUUGCACACCAUACUUCCAGAAUGAAACAAAUAGACUUAGAAAAUGUAUUGACGGAUGGAUCUUCAGUUACUAAUUCUUUGCUAAAAUGUAUAAGUUAAAGUUACUAUAAGGCCCUUCUGAACAUUUAUUUAUUAUGAGUUUUAGCAUCCUAUUGUUUGGGAAGUGUCAAUUUAUGUGGGGCACAUAGUGGCAGUUCACAGCUGGUGAAGUGAGUUGAAUCAAUUGUGUUUAAUUAAAGAAAGACAAGUACUUUGGAGACUAGACGUGCAGGCCACAAUAUUUAAAGAUCUUGAUAUAGUUUUUAGAACAUUCUUUUCCAGUAGAUUAUGGCUUGAA